AUGUCUCCGCUGGGAAGAUCUGUGCUGAUACUUUUGGCUUACUCAGUAGCAGAAACAUUCACAGAAAGGAUUAUUGGUGAUUAUGCGGUCCAGCCAUACUCCAUCAAGUUUCAGGCCUCUCUUCAGUAUCAGACAGUGUUGAAGGAUUGGAAACACUACUGUGGGGGAACGCUGGUGCAUCCCCAGUGGUUGCUGUCUGCUGCCCACUGCUGGAGACCGAGAAAUAUAAUGAGGUUGGUGUUGAGUGAAGACAAUCUAUCCAAAACAGAAGGAUUUGAACAGAUCUUCAGAUAUAUGAUAUAUGUGCACAAGUUUAGCUACAAGACAUUCGACAAUGACAUCUUGCUCUUUAAGCUAAGCGAAGCUGCACCAGUAAAACUGCCAGACCCAAACACCACCGAGCCCCCACAAGGUGAAGUGUGCACAGUGAACGCCUGGGGGACUUCGCCGUACAGCUUCAUCCUCUCCCUGACGCUGCGGGCUGUGGAUGUGAACGUCAUGGCUUCCUGCACCGACUACUACUACUGGGUCAAGAUCACUUCAAACAUGUUGUGCGCUGGAUCUCAAAUCGGGGGCAAAGAUUAUUGUCAGGUAAAGGAAAACGCAGUUUUGACUUGGCAUCAGCUGUCAGAUAAAAUCAAAUGGGUCCUUUCUUUCACUUAGGACUUGUUUUUUUUUUAAAUAUCAGUUGAGAACUUGUGCCAGCAAGUGGUUAGGGGGAUAGAAUCCGGGCUUCGGCCUUCCCGUGUGGAGUUGCAUGGGUUUUCGGCUGGUACUCUGGCUUCCUCCCACAUUCAUUGGAGGACUAAAUUAUCCUUAGAUGAAUGUAAAUGGAUGUUUGUCUACAUGUGCCCCGCCCUGGCGACCAGUCCAGUGCGUUCCACACCGCUCGCUCAGUCAACCAAUGAGGAUAGAAAAUGGGGGGAUCGAUGGAUGAAAACGUGACUAGAAGAGCACUACAAAUACUGAUUUGACCUGACCCCAGCUGCACAACAUGCAUUCUUUUCUCUGAAAAAAGUAAAACAUUAAACCCUAUUUUAUUAUUAAACAUAGUUUUUUACACAUCUUGGUAAAUUUUGGGACACCCUAUACCAGGGGUGUAAAACUCAUUUUUGUCACGGGCCACCUCGUAGUUAUUGUUUCUCUUGGAGGGCCGUUAUGGCUGUGAACCCAUAUGAAUGUAUGAUCGCCUCAUAUUAUUACGUAUACACAAAUUGAUAGAUAACUACUUUUGAAAUCUGAAGCCAGUAAAAACUCUUUGACUCAGUAUUAAUUUAUGUAUUUUAAAAAGAGGAUUGCUAACAAACAAAAUGCUUGCAAUGUGUCUAUAUUUUUAAUAGUGAAGAGAAUUUGCAAUUUUGGUACCUUA